ACUUGGUUUUCUCCAGCGAAAAAGAAGGGAACACUGCUUUUGGCCAUGGGGAACGCUUGGUCUGCUCCGGAGAGAACGAAGCUGCGCAAGAAAAUGGCGGAGCAGCUGAUGGACAAAGGGAACCCUAGCCUCCCAUGGGAGCUGAUAGUGGAGAUUCUUUCAUGGCUGCCAGUCAAGUCGUUGGGCCGCUUCAGGUGUGUAUCUAAGCCAUGGAAUGCUCUCAUCGCUGACCCUAAUUUUAUCAAAAUGCACUUUAACAAAACUUCUGAGAACGAUGAUGUGUUCUACCAAAGACGAAGACUCAUCUUCAAUGAGCCAGGUUGUUGUUCCCUUUACUCUGUUAACCUCGACCAGUUAAUUCUGAAUCAGAAUAAUGAUCAUGGUGCUGAUGAUUUGAUUGCCCCUGAGGCCCACUUGGUUUGCGGUGACCUACCAUCUUACAGGGUUGUAGACCUGUUUUACUGUGAUGGUUUGUUGUUGUGCAAGCUAGCAGAAAUGCCAAUGACGAUAUAUCUGGUUAACCCAACUACCGGGGAAUCCGAGGAACUGCCAGAGGCACCAGAUAAUAUACAACACCUGGGUUUUGGAUUUGAUCACUCCACUGAUGAUUACAAGGUGGUUUCUGCUGUGUUUUACGAUAUGCUUGUGUUUUGUGUCUAUUCGUUGAAAACCGGUUCAUGGGAAGAGCUUGAGUGUUCACUUCCCUAUUCUGGGGCAUAUACCUUUCAUGCUGUCCUGCUCAAUGGAACUCUUCAUUGGAUAAUGGAAACACCAGACCAGACAUCCAUGAUUGUAGCUUUCCUUUUAGAAGAGGAGCAAGCUGGAGAAAUUCCUUUGCCGGUUGAGUAUUCCAGUGAUGCGGGAGAUUGUGUGUUGGGGGUCUUCAGGGACUGCCUAUGUUUAACACAUUGUAGUGAUGAAAGAACUUAUAAUGAGUUUUGGGUCAUGAAUGAAUAUGGAGAGGGGCAGUCGUGGACUAAGAUAAAGAUCUCCAUCCCUUAUUCCGAAUUAUCACUUUCAGGUUUUUGGAAGGAAAAUCAUGAUCUGUUGGUGUUCCAGAAGCAAUUGGUUAUGUACAAUUUUAAGGAACAAGGCUUUUGCAAUCUAUCAAUCCCUGGAUUUCCCCAUGUUGAUUGCAUUGGAACCUACUUGGAGAGUCUUGUUUCACCGAAUUACUAUGGCAUUACUGAUCGAGAACUUUAAGCAUAAGGCAAAUGCUGAUAGAAGAGGGGCAGAUGUGUUUUCUCCAGAAGACAUUAGGUUCCUUUUCUGGUUCUAGAAGAAAUUAUCUUGAAGACCCAAAAAUUGGUUGGUUUGGCUGGCUAUCGUAGGAUGUACCGGGCAAUUGGAUUAUCAACUGUCAUACCCGAAGGCCCAAGUUUGACGGGCCCAACUCCAAAAACAACUGCAAGUCAAGUCCUGACGAGUUCUGCCCGGAGUCUGACUCAGCAUUAACACACAACUUACAUUUUGUUAAGACACGCAGGCCACACUUUCUAGUUGUUCCCGAGGAAAUGUGGCUGGAAGAAAAUGAGGGAGCAGCUGAUGGAAACCCUAACUUCCCAAUGGAGAUAAUAGGUGGUGGGUUGCCAGUCAGGUUGUUAUGCCGCUUCAGUCAGAAUCUUUCAAUUUAUGGAUUUCCAAAGUUGGUAGAGCUGGGAUGUACAGGGAGAGCCUUGCUUCACCCGUUACCUUACGUUAUUGACUGAGAACAUUAAGCAUGAGACAACUGUAGAUAGGAGAGGUAAAGAAGGAAAUGGUGGAUUGUCCUCUCCUGCCAGCGUGGUUGUUUUCAUCACUUGCACCCUUGUCUCGUAAGGGGCAAAUAUGGAUUCACCAUAGGAAAUGAGCUUCAAGACUCCAGAAGUGGUUGGUUUAGCUAUAGUAGUGAUGUACAAGUACAAAACUUUUCUCAUAGUUCUCUGUAACACUCAUUUUCCCAUUACAUCUUAGGGAUUCAGAUGAAGUGAUUCCAAAUGUUGGAAUCCAGUUUAUUUAUACUAUUACAGUCCAUGUAUCAGAAGAAUAAAAUAAAUGAAUUUCAAAUGAUUCCGUGCA